UUAGACACGCCUACAUUUCAUAUAUAUAUGAAGUGAGGUUUAAUAGCAUGACAUGUCUCGCAAGGGUCGAUUGCUGUGACUGUUAAAAUGGUUUGUUUAAGAUUAAAAACUACUACAAAGACAUGCCACACAAUAUUAAAGAAAUGCAAGAUCAGUAAAGUACAAAAAAACAAAGAGAAGCAUAAAAAUUACAAACCUUUGAAAAUUACCUCAAAGAUAAAUUAAACAACCACUUAGGUCAUAAAACUAACACAAAUACACAUUGAUUUAACAUAAAUGAACAUAAAAAGACCUUCAACAAACACAAAACUACCAAAAUUUGGCUUUUCAACAACUUUCUUCUGAUCCGUCCAAAAUCGGACAUUCAUGCAUUCAUAAAUUUAUACUUUUGUAUUGAAGUAAAACAUAAUGCAAGUAACUAUAUGUGUUGACUGCAACUGUACCAUUGAAACACAGGAGGGUCAGAUUGGCGUAAGACAAAGGUUAAUAAAUAAACAUUGAUAACAUGUACAUGUACACAUUUUUACAAUGGGUCUAUAAAGCAGUUUGUAUAAUUAUCAAUAUUAAUAUUAUAAUAUUGAUUUUAUUAUUAUAGUGGGUGUGUUCAGUGUGCAGAUCUGCUCCCCUCCUGCGUCCAGCACUGGUAGGUGCACCCUCUACUGCGCAUGCGCCGACCCGCUGGUCGCCUCUAUUUGUUCCCAGACAUCAUCAUCAUCAUCAUCUUCUUCUUCAUCAUCCUCAUCUUCAUCAUCAUCACAGGUUGAACUGAACAUCCUCUGCCACAAAGACGCAUCUCUCGCUCUCUCUGGUAUUUGGAUGUAGUCUCUCGCUCUGAUCUGUCUUUUGUUGUCGGCGAGACACAGCGCGGAGCAGCAGAGGAAGAGGAAGAGGCGGGAGGAAGAGGAAGCAGCCUUAAUCAUAAUAAUCAUAAUAAUAUGAAGAAACGCUUUGUGGACGCGAGCAGGCUGCGGAAGAUGAAGAAGCUGAAGAUCACGGAGCGUCUGUCUGAGAGUGCGUACACCUUCCUGAAGUUUAUGGUGAUGUGGACUGUGGUGCUGCUGGCGGAUUUCAUCCUUGAAUUCAGACUGGAGUACCUGUGGCCAUGCUGGCUCUUCUUCGGCAGCGUGUACACAACGUUCCACUGCCACGGCCUGGUGAUCUGUGUGGUCUUCGUCUGCGCUGCCUUCACUCUCGACAUCUUUUGUUUGAUUUUUGUUCCUCUGCACUGGCUGUUCUUUGUGGCCAGCACCUACGUGUUAUUCAAUUACAUAUGGCACACAGAGAAGGGCAUCUGCAUAUCCACGGUGUCCCUGUGGAUUAUACUUGUGUACACAGAGGCUUCGCUCCGACUCAAGGACCUGAAAACCUCUCACGCCAACCUGUCUCAUCUUUUCGCUGCACACUGUAUUGGAUAUCCUGUGGUAUAUCUGGGGUUUGAUGCCACCUGCUACUUCACCAACAUCUUCAAGCUGCGCAUACAGAGAGCUGUUCAGAGCGAGAACGACUUCCACAUGCACCUCCUGCAGCACUCGCUCCCCCCGGGCCUGCAGGUCUUCCCCAAGACGAGCGCCGACGGCAGCAGCAACUCCAAAUGGAAGAUAAAGACCGAGUCCAGUCAGUACCAGUGUCAGAACGGUGCUGUCGUGGCCCAGGAUGAGGCACACACUGUGGACUGCCUCCAGAUCCGCAGCGAGGAGAGAGUGACAGAGAAGGGAGUGCAGGAGGUGAGGUCAGCUGAGUCGCACCGGCGGCAAUCGUCGACCAAACACGGGGCCGCCGGUGAGUCCAGAGAUCUGCUGCCCGGUGCUGCGGGAGGACCAGACUCCUCUGCAACCCCGGAACCUCUACCUCAGGAGGAGCAGGGAAGCAAAGCCACGCGGGCGGCCAAAAGCUCCUCGCCCAAAACUCGAAGCAGCACCAACACGCCGUCUCCACCUGCAGCGAGGACCGAGAAGAAACAGAGGUCCAGCUCCAAAACGGUCAGCCCCAACCGGGACGUGGCGGACAAGACAGCUCCUCAGAACCACCACGCUGAGCAGACGAACAAGCUGGAGCAGGAGCUGAGGAAGCUGAGGGGGGAGCUGCAGGCGAGCAGGCAGAGCGAGCAGGAGCUGAGGAGUCACAUGUGCAACCUCACCAACAGCGAGCGGAGCCUGAGACCGGAGGUGUCUCUGCUCCGACAGUCCAACAUCCUGCUGCAGGGCAAGAUUCUGUGUCUGUCUAAAACCAAGCAGCGGGACAAACAGAGCGGUGUGAUGCUGGAGAAGAAGACCAGAGCGGAGACGGACGCCCGACUCUUUGCUGAGAAGCAGUUGGCUGAUCUUCAGGCCCAGAAGCUGGAGGAGGCCGCCAGCUCAGCCCGGAGCCUCACAAACAGGCAGGAGCACUGUGAAACCCAAAUGUUAAGGAAAAGGGUAAAAGAUCUAGAGACAGAGUACAGACAACUACAGCUGGAGAAUCAAGUGAAAGAGAAUCGGGUGGUAGAUCUAGAGAGGGAUGUUGAGUCCUCACUGUCGGUGUGCUCUUGGACUCAGGCGUUGGGAAAGUACCGCUGUGUGGAGAAAGAGACGGACAUGCUGCUGUCCACGCUGUCGGCCAUGCAGGAGAAGGCUCAGCAUCUGGAGUACAACCUGAGCGCAGAGACUCGCAUCAAACUGGACCUGUUCUCCGCACUGGGAGACGCCCGCCGACAGCUGGAGAUCGCUCAAGAUAAGGUGAUGAAGCAGGAUCGGGAGAUCAGCGAGAUGAAGCAGAAGAUCGCGGAGGUGAUGGCCGUCAGCCCCGGUGUCUCCUACAUGUCCCCCCGGCCUCAGGUGCCACAGUAUCUCACCAAGCUGCUCAACUCCGAGCGCUACAUGCUGAACCCACGAGCGCUGAUGUACCAGUGUCUGAAGAAAUGAAGGAACGCCAGAUCCCCGGACCUCCUCGCCAUCCUAAAAAAACUGGCGGGGGAGGGAUUUGAAUGGAUUUUUUUUAUCAGAGAGCUAAAUGACAACACACAGUCGCCUACUUCCAGCCAUGAGUGGAACCAGAAGGAGCCUCCACAAGUCGAAUGCCUUUAGCUGCACUGACGGUGCUACUUCAUUCUGUGUAUUUCACGUCUCCUCUCGCACAUCACGAGCUGGGAACCAAGAGAUCUGAUAUGCAGAGCUGCCGCAGGCACGAGCUUUAUGUGACGACGCCGCCAUGACAGUGUCCACCAUCAAACUGGGAUGCAACAGAGAAAAGCACAAACAUCUCGACCAGUUCACACACUGAAGGUUUGUGGGGAAACUGGUGCUGGGUUUUUAAACAUCUGACAAAAGAGUAGAUGAAGCGGCUGUAAAUGUUUAAUCCAAAUGAAACUGGACCCGGUCGAUCUGCCGCUCUCCUCUAGGAUCUGAAAUGAUCUCACACCCGUAAGUAUGAAUUCAUCCUUACCUAUGAUUUCCGAUUACUUAAGUUCAAAUUGUGCAAGUACGGUAAUUUCUUUACGUUACAGACAAACUAACAAGUUACCGACUGCAGCUUUAAAAAGACAAAUCGUUUCCUGACAUUGAAGGAGAAACUAAACUCCAAAUUCAAUUAUUGUUCUUACACACGGUUGUAAGAUUGAAGGAAAUACAAUCAUCUUUGUUUUAAUCGUUGUUACAGAUUUCUCUUGAUCUGCAGUGAUGCUGAGGAAAUCUAAUUAACAUGGUCAAAUUGAUUUUAUCUCUUCGACUCGAAUGAUUUUUGGUGUUUUUGAGGACCAUAUUAUUGAAUUGGCCUUUUUAUAUUCCUAGUGAACAAUGACCUUGAACCAGGAAACUUACACUGAAGCAGCUAAAUAGAAAUAAGCCAUUUUUAUUCGUAUCAUUUACACCUCUGCUUUUUCAUAUUUGAAAAUAUCUCAUGUGGAAAAAGCCUUAUUAUGUAAAACAAAUAUACAUUCUGAAGCUUCAACAGAUGUUGGUCCACUUAGCUUUAAAAACGUUGAACUCAACAUUUACUCACACUAGUAUGAUAAUAGAGAAAUGAUACCAUUGAAUCAUGUCCUGAACCUUAUUCUGUUCAUGGACUUCAGCUGUAUUUAAAACCUUUCAACAGAGCAAAUAUGCAACAAUUAUUGUCAGGGCCCGAGGACUUCGAUCAUUCAAAAUUGAAAUCCAGACGAAAAUGAUAGGUUCAUUAAAUUAUUGGCAUAUUUCUAUUCUUUGCCGACUUUGUUUGAAAUUUCUAGAGCGACAUCUGAGUGUUUCCCCUGAACAAUGACGCCAUGUUAAUUUGUCUGUGAUUGAGCUGGUCACCUUGAGGAGAUGCAGCAGCAACAGGAGCUCAGCUUGUUUCCACUGACAGCUGAAAACUAAACGUUGAUGCUCGGCAGCUUUCUGUCUCGCAAACGGAGAAAAGAGAGAGAGAAUGUGUUCAAGAGUGACGCCAUCGGCCGGAAUUAGAGUCAAAGCAGAGUUGUGACAUAAGAAGGAACGGUGUCGACCAAACGUGGCUCAUGAAUUUAAUUACUGUGCCUAUAUACGCUACUUUCAACCUGGGAAGUGAAACACAGAUUUAAUGUGAAAGAGUAAUGUGUUUGAAUUGAAGUGCUAUGUACUGUUUUUGUAGUUUUAUUUUUUAUUUUGUUGUUUUUUUUUAACUCACAAUGUACAGAAUUGAAAAUCGCCCGCUGAAAAACACUCAUGAACUGGAUGUCGCCAUUUUGGUAGCUUUUUCUUUAGAGUGUUCGUUUCUAGGGCGUUUUAUAUGGAAAAAUAUUUUUAGUCUCGCUGUACUUUUAUUAAAACUGCUGUAAUUUUGUACGGCAAAUGUG